GAAAGAAUCGGACCAGCCCACGAUAGACUGGUGAUGGGCCGAACGGCCUGCUCCUUUGCUGGUCUAAAGAGGGGGAGGGAGGGAGAAGGGGAGUGGAUCUGAGCCCUCCCCGCCCUCUCUCCACCUCUGCCACACACGGGUCAGGGAGUAGGUCCCCGCGCAGAAGUGAAAGUGAAAGAGAAACGGGACGAUAAAGGUACGGUGAAGAUUGACACAAACGCCGAGCAAGGAAGAGCCCCUUGCCCCAUGAUGGCGACGAAGGAGCAGCUGAAAAUUGAUGUGCUCCUGCUGCUGUUCGAGCAGCCAGCCGGCCUGCCGAUCACCAGCCUCUCGUACGAGUUCCUGCUCUUCCACGGCCGCCCCCUCGACCUGCAGGCACACGGCUACCCCUCGCUGGGGGCAUUGCUCACGGACAUGUCCAGCAUGGUGGAGCUCAGGAGCAUUGGUGGGGGCACGACCCACACCCUCAGGCUGCUGCUCCGUGUCCCAGGCCAGGUGGAGGAACCGAACCGGCCACAGGCCCUGGCUCCCAUCUACAACCAGCCCCCGCCUUCACUACUCGGUGCCCCACUCCUGCAGGGCUGGCCCAAUUUUCACCACUGGGUCCCGGUCCAGCCUCUCCCCCGGGCCCAGGCAAUCUGGAGGCCAGGUGCGGCCGCUCCAAUGCGCUCACUCGUGCAGGAGACGGAGGGUUCUGGAAAACCUGCCACCAGAGCUCUCAGCCCAGUGGUUCCAAGCCAGGAGGCAGACCCCAGGGCCAAUGGAGACAGGGGGCAUCCAAUGACCUACAGCGAGGUACUGAAGUCAGGAGGGCCUGCUGGCAACAAGAGCCUGGCAGGGUGCAGGCCCAAGGUCGGGCCAGGGCUUCAGGCCUACAAGGCCGGUGAUCCAGCUGCCCAAGCCCAAGACAGGAGGGCAACAGAGGAGCAGAAGGUGUGCCCAAGAGGUUUGUUACCCGAUUGUCCGGUUCAGAAGUGGCUGUUGUCAGUCCUGAAGUCUCCGGGAUACCGUGACGGCCUCCAUCCCUGUAAGCUGGACACCCUCUGCCUCCGACAGCUGCACCAGGAGUUCUCGGAUUUCCUUUCGGAGAACCGUUACGGGUCGCUUGCUGAGCUGCUAGCCCGUGUCCCGGAGGUGGAGAUGGUGUCUGGUCACAGUGGCGGUGUAAUCCGCCUGCGGGCCGGUGCCAGGUUUGAUGGGGCAGCUCAGCCUGGGCCAUCACUCACUGAGAGUCACCCUUCGGCCCUUCGGCCUCAUGCUGCACCAGAUCCCUCGCCUCCACAGCCAGCUCCAUCCACACAGGUCACUGAAAGUCUCCUGGAGAGAGUGUCCCUGCUUCUGGCGCAGCAUCCCGCUGGACUCAGCACUUUCCAGCUGCGCCAAGCAUACCGCGAGGCCUAUCAGCGGGGCCUGGCUGUGGAGGGGCAUCCCAGCCUCAGUGCCCUGCUGGGAGCCAUGGGCAGCGCGGUCUCUGUCCGCGGGCUGGGGGUCCAGGCUCGCCUCUUCCCGCGUUCGGUGCCUGGCUGCGGUGUGCUUGCCGAGCUGGAGACUAAUCCCUGCCUGCGAGUUGGUGUCGGGACGUCCAGUGGGAGCAGGCAGCUGUCGACAGGGCUGCCGGAGCGGACCAUCACCGAGACGGGAUUUCACGGCUCAACGGGCUUGUCCAGGCCCUCCUGACCAUUGUGACCGGUCUUCCCCGCUCAGACAACAGGAAUAUAGAAACACACUGUAGCCUAUCAAUUAGUGUACAGCAGCAGUGACCUGGGGUUAAUUCCUGCCACUGGCUGUAUGAUCUCCCUGUGGCCGCGUGGGUUUCGUCCGGAUGCUCCGGGUUCCUCCCACGUUUCAGAGACGAUGGUCGCGGAGGUUGUGGGCUGUUACUGUGCUGUGUCUCCAACUUUGAAAAAAAGAUCCUGUUAAAGUUGUGUUAACAAGUGCUUUAUAAUCUACUGACGUAAUGGUCCGUCGAGUUCUGUCAUGUUGUGAUCACUCUUCUCCGAGACUGGGUGAUCGUGGGAUCUCGGAGCUGGAGAGCAGACCCUCCAAACACAGGCGUCUUGUAAUUAUGCAAAUUAACGUUUUGUUAAACUUACUGUCCACUGACAUUCAACGUCCUCCAUCUCUGCCUCGUCCUUGUCCAUUCAGAAGGGUUUUUCAUUGCUGUUUUGUUUUCUCUAGCCAGUCUGUCCUGAGCUGAACUUUAGGCCCGCAGGACCAGUGGAGUACUACGACCUUUGACCUGUUUGGCACGGGCGUCUCUACCAAGAGCCAAAGUGUAAAGACCUAACUCCAGUCAUGAGGCGUGCAAGUCUGCGAAUCGCAACAAAGUCAUGGUCCUCUUGGAGGGUGCCGCUAAUGCGAGAGUGUAACUCAAUGUUUGUCAGGAAAUGUAGAGGAGGCUCGGUCCAAAAUCAUGGCGGUGGAGAUGAUUUAGCAAAAUCAAUAACUUUAAUAAGCAACCACAAAAUAAUAAACUAUGAGAGGGCACCAAAUGAAAGAGAAGAGAAACUGAACACAACAGGCAGCAAGGUGAAAUUUAGGAAGGGAGCUGAAGGCUCGAGCAAUGAGUUGAGACCAGCUGGCUGGAUGAGCGAAGAGAACUGGGGUUGAAUAGGCUGCUGUGGUGAAUCUGGAACGAGCUGGGUGGAGACUGAGAGGUGUCUGUAGUUACAGUGUUAAGUUCCAUCAAGUUAUAAUCACUCUUACACUUGAGUUUUAACAAGAUUAUUACAGAGUCCCCACUGCUUCAGUACUCUGUGCAGCCAAGCAAAUCUUCUGUAACUUCUCACCAUCAUGUCCUGUUGCAGUAUAACUUCAUGCUAAGUUCUUUCAUAUUGUGAUCACUGUUCCUCCUAGCCUAUCAACUUGUUAUCAACCAGCCGAUCGGUACAGACAGUCUGCACUGAAUUUGGGAUCAUUCGGACAUCGUCAGUGACUCUAGCAUGCUAGUGCAGAGGUGGGUGAGAUAUGUUGGGGGUAUUUUUGAGGUCUGUGCGUGUCGAUGGGGUGUGCUGGCUUUCAUUAAUCAAGGGAUUGAGCUCCGGAGCCAGGAGGUGAUGUUGCAGCUCGAGAAAACCCUGAUCACAACCCUGUUGUGUCGCCUCAUUACAGGGAGGAUGUGGGAGCUUUCGACGGCACAGGGGAGGUUUACCAGGAUGCUGUCUGGAUUAGAGAGGGUGUGAAAUGAGAAAGCUUGAGCAAGCUGGGGCUUUUCUCUUUGGAGCAGAGGGGAGUGAGAGGUAACUUGCUAGAGGGGUACAGGAUGAUAAGAGGCAUGCGUUGAGUGGACAGCCUGAGGCACUAUCCCAGGGCAAGAUAGCCAGUGCGGUGGGGGGGAGGGGGUAAUUUUAAAGUGAUGACAGAGGUAGGUUUUCUCCACGGAGUGGAGAGUGUGCAGAACUCGUUCCAGGGGAGGUGGUAGAGCCAGGUACACCAGGGACACAGGGAUGAUAGAAAACCAUGGGGGGGGUUAUGUGUAGGAGGGAACGGUUAGAUUGAUCGUGGAGUAGGUUAAAAGGUCAGCACGACAUCUCUACAGCAACGCAGUGCUGGAGAGCUUGGCAAGUCCAGCAGCAUUUCUGGAAAAGAGUGACCAGUUGACAUUUCAGGCCUACACUCUUCGUCAGGACUGCGGGGGGGCAGCUGGAUGGAAAAGUUCAAGCAUGACUCCUGUACCUAAAAAACGGUCACUAUGUAUUCACAAAAGAUGGAUACAGAAAGAAAAACAAAAAAUUAAAAGCAGUUAAAAAACAAAAUAAUCCUUAUCAUCUGUUUCAUGAGCUGAUUGUAGAAUUCUGGAGGGAACCAGAAACUCCUUCAAGCAGAUAUUUAUAUUCUCACUCUGUCCUUUUCCCC